UGUCAAUGCUCCGACGACGCAGUGACGUCUCCUCAAACCAGAUCCAUGCAUGGCCGGCCGGGUAGCAAGCCAACGUGGCCAUAGUUCACUCUUUAUUUUGCAUUGCAAUCGAGACCCCAUCCUAACAUCAACACCAACUAUGUCUGAGCAAGUCGCCAUCGGAAUCAACGGCUUUGGCCGCAUCGGCCGUCUCGUGGCCCGCGCCGCCAUCGAGAACCCCAAGACCAAGGUGGUGGCCAUCAACGACCCCUUCAUGGACCUGGAGUACAUGGCGUACCUGUUCAAGUACGACUCGACCCACGGCAAGUUCGACGGCUCCGUGGAGACCAAGGACGGCAACCUGGUCGUGAACGGCGAGGUGAUCCGCGUGUUCGCCGCCCGCAACCCGUCGGAGAUCCCGUGGGGCAAGGCCGGUGCCACGUACGUGUGCGAGUCGACGGGUGUGUUCACGACGACGGAGAAGGCCCAGGCCCACAUUGAGGGUGGCUGCAAGAAGGUGGUGAUCUCGGCCCCGCCUAAGGAUUCCACGCCCAUGUACGUGAUGGGAGUGAACCACAAGGAGUACGACGGCUCGGCGCCGGUGGUGUCGAACGCUUCGUGCACGACGAACUGCCUUGCGCCUCUGGCCAAGGUGAUCAACGACAACUUCGGCAUCGUGGAGGGUCUGAUGACGACUGUGCACGCGACGACGGCCACGCAGCUUCCUGUGGAUGGCCCUGCAAAGGGAGGCAAGGACUGGCGUGGUGGGCGUGGCUGCGGCCAGAACAUCAUCCCGUCGUCGACGGGUGCCGCUAAGGCUGUGGGCAAGGUGCUUCCGGUGCUGAAUGGCAAGCUGACGGGCAUGGCCUUCCGUGUGCCUACGCCGGAUGUGUCUGUGGUGGACCUGACGUGCCGUCUGGAGAAGGCUGCGUCGAUGGACGCUAUCAAGGCUGCCGUGAAGGCCGCUUCGGAGGGCGAGCUGUCUGGCAUCCUCGGUUACACGGAGGACCAGGUGGUGUCGAACGACUUCUUGCACGACAAGCACUCGAGCACGUUCGACGCGGAGGCGUGCAUUGCUCUGAACGACAACUUCGUGAAGCUCGUGGCUUGGUACGACAACGAGUGGGGCUACUCGAACCGUCUCGUGGACCUUGUGCUGCACAUGGCCACCGUCGACAACUAAGCGUAAAUUGUACUACAAUAGUAAAUCAAGCUUUGCUGUUUGAAAGCAUUCGGAAAAUGUAUCCGGUUACCGUUUCUGGGUUUUGAAAACGUUUGCAAAAUAAUUAUCAAAAUGGGUUUUCUUGGCCUGUUUGAGGUAAUAGAUGUGUUGUGGCUAAUAA